AUGCCUGCUCCUCAUGGUGGUGUUUUACAAGACUUGAUUGCUAGAGAUGCGUCAAAAAAGAACGAACUGUUGUCUGAAGCUCAGUCCUCGGACAUUUUAGUAUGGAACUUGACUCCAAGACAACUUUGUGAUAUCGAAUUGAUCUUGAAUGGUGGAUUCUCUCCUCUGACUGGUUUCUUAAACGAAAACGACUAUUCUUCAGUAGUUACAGAUUCGAGAUUAGCAGACGGGACUUUAUGGACUAUCCCUAUUACAUUCGACGUUGAUGAAGCAUUUGCUAAUCAACUCAAGCCAGACACGAGAAUUGCCCUGUAUCAGGAUGAUGAGAUUCCUGUUGCAAUACUCUCUGUCCAAGACGUUUACAAGCCAAACAAGUCUAUUGAAGCCGAAAAGGUGUUCAGAGGCGACCCAGAACACCCAGCUAUUAGCUACUUAUUCAACGUCGCCGGUGACUAUUACGUAGGAGGUUCAUUAGAAGCCAUUCAAUUACCCCAGCAUUAUGACUACCCAGGUUUACGUAAGACUCCUGCCCAAUUGAGACUGGAAUUCCAAUCUAGACAAUGGGACCGUGUCGUCGCCUUCCAAACUCGUAACCCAAUGCACAGAGCCCACAGAGAACUAACUGUGAGAGCUGCUAGGGAAGCUAAUGCCAAGGUCUUGAUCCAUCCAGUUGUUGGAUUGACCAAGCCAGGUGAUAUAGACCACCACACCCGUGUUCGUGUAUAUCAGGAAAUUAUCAAGCGUUAUCCUAAUGGUAUUGCCUUCUUGUCCUUAUUGCCCUUAGCAAUGAGAAUGAGCGGUGAUAGAGAAGCGGUAUGGCACGCAAUCAUCAGAAAGAAUUAUGGUGCCUCCCAUUUCAUCGUUGGUAGAGAUCAUGCAGGCCCAGGGAAAAACUCCAAGGGUGUGGAUUUCUACGGCCCAUAUGAUGCCCAAGAGUUGGUUGAAUCUUACAAACAUGAACUGGAUAUCGAAGUGGUUCCAUUCAGAAUGGUCACUUAUCUACCGGACGAAGAUCGUUAUGCACCAAUUGACCAAAUUGACACUACAAAAACAAGAACUUUGAACAUUUCAGGUACAGAAUUAAGACGUCGUUUGAAAGUCGGUGGUGAGAUACCUGAAUGGUUCUCAUACCCCGAAGUAGUUAAAAUCUUGAGAGAGUCAAACCCACCAAGACCUAAACAGGGGUUUGCUAUUGUCCUAGGUGAUUCCUUAACCGUUUCCCGUGAGCAAUUAUCUAUUGCCUUAUUAUCCACGUUCUUGCAAUUCGGUGGUGGAAGAUACUAUAAGAUCUUGGAACACGAUAAUAAAACAGAAAUAUUAUCCUUAAUUCAAGAUUUUAUUGGCUCUGGUAGUGGUUUGAUUAUUCCAAAUCAAUGGGAAGAUGAAAAGGACUCUGUCGUUGACAAGCAAAACAUUUACCUAUUGGAUACCUCAAGUUCAGCUGAUAUCCGCCUAGGAUCAGCCAACGAAGCAAUCUCACAUAUUGUCCAAAAAAUUGUCUUGUUCUUGGAAGACAACGGCUUUUUUGUAUUUUAA